AUGGAUAUGUCAUCCAAGCAGGCAGAACCCGAUCGUUUCUCUGGCCAAGAUACUUCCAACACUGUGUGGUCCAUGGCAACGCCCAUGCCGCGGGAUGAGCCUUUGCUCCAUGCUCCCUCAGUUGCUGCUUCACUACAGGACAUGCAGCCCCAGAAUUCAUCAAACAGGGCAUGGGCACCAGCUACUCUGCAAGCUGCCCAUGCUCCUUCGUUCGGGUUUCUGUGGUCGGCUUCAAUGCCGCGCCUACCAGAGUUUGACUUGCAAGGCCUGGCCAAUAUCUCAUGGCCUUCCACAACUUUGCAGGCUGCCAGCAAAGCUCUUUUCCUGGCCGCAGAGAAUCGGCUUGAGAAGGAGUUUGAGCCUCGCGAGACCGCAUCCCGUGAAGAGGCUUGCCGGUACACAAACCACAUCUGCCAAAUCGUUUGGUCAUUCUCAUUCUCAAGAUGCUUGACAGACGAGCUUGGACACGUCCUCCGACAUAGGUUGCUUCAUGUGGGUAGAAAUCUUGACAGGCGCAGUCCGCCAGAGAAGGCGGCAAAGGUUAUACCUCAAGCAUCACAUGCCAUGCCUGCCGUGCUGCUGAGACUUCGAGGGAUUCUUGUAGUGCACAAGCCUCCUGGCUGGGAAGUCGAUGCCAAAGGGCAGAUGUCAGGAACUGGCUUGUACCUCUCCCGGUACAUCCAGCACCAGGCUCCCACAUCACAGGUGACGAGGUUGGCAGCCUUUGAGUAUGGCUUAGUGCAUAGACUUGAUGUGCCAAGCUCUGGCCUCAUCCUGGCUGGGACGACCUUUGAGGGUUUGGCAUUGCUUCAAUGGCAGAUGCACACCUACGCUAUUUGCCGAGAAUAUGCGGUACUCGUGGCAGGAUGCUGGCCUGCCUCGAGACAGAGGGUCAGCAUGCCGGUUCAAGACUUCUUGUCUGGCCAGAGUUUUGUAGAUGAGCAUGGCCGGCCAGCUGAGACACACGUGAAGGUUGCUGCACACAGCCGUCUCAGCGAAGGUGAUGGUGAUCAAGCUAGUCUGAUUAUUGUGUCCAUUUGCACAGGUCGCAGGCAUCAGAUUCGUGUGCAUGCACAAUGGCAAGGGCAUCCUACAGUGACAGACGAAAAGCCACAACCUUAG